CACCCAAUGCAAAUUCUUGUAUACACGAUGUAUUAUUGGUCAAGUGUUGACGUUCUAGGAGUAAUUAGCUGACAUCGAUGGUGAACAUGACGGAAUAUUUAGGGUGUAUUUCACAACUUUCUGCAAGUACUGUGAUUAUCGUCGUAUAUCUGAAAAGGAUAUAAUAUUGUUUGCAGCACUUGCAAUUAACUAUGCAACACAUCGUUAUGUUUACACUACGAUCUGAAACGAUUCAGUUAAUACUGGUCUUAAGGAAUAGACAAAUUAUAGACAUUUCUACUUGUAAGGUAUAUUUAGGAUUGGUCAAUUCCUUUCGAUCGGUAUUAAGUAAAGCAGUUAAGUUAAUUGUGUAAGCGUAGUCUAUAAUGUGUGCAACACCCGCACUGAGUGUUCGAACACAGGCCUAAUAUGGCGGCUUACGUAAAUGAAGAAAAUCACAUAUUUAAUAUACAAUGACAAGAAUAAUAUGUCAAUUGAUUGUUAAGAAUGCCGUUCAAAUUUCAUUUGAAGAAAAGUCGCCAAUACAAUGUAGUUUCUAAAAAUCAGUAUAUGAUUUGUGUUGAAUUACUGGACACUACGACAAUAGAAUGUACACUGAGUAUCGACAGUAUAGGCCAAGAGUGUUUAAACAAUUUAACACAAAGGCUUGGGCUUGGUCAACCUGAGUUUUUUGGACUACGCUAUAUCUGUCGGCAUGGUUCACCUUCACCACGAUGGGUUGAUAUGGACAAACCAUUAAAACGACAACUUGAAAAAGAGGCAAAGAGUUUUAAUCUUUAUCUCAGAGUCAUGUACUAUGUUACGGAUAUUCAACUUAUCCAGGAUGAAAUGACAAGAUACCAUUAUUACCUCCAACUUAAAAGUGAUGUACUAGAGGGCAGAAUUCACUGUAACCCCAGACAAGCCAGUCUUUUGGCUAGUUAUUCAAUGCAAGCUGAGUUUGGAAAUUACGAUGCUGAGCGUCAUACUGUCGAAUGUCUUCAACAAUGCACAUUCUUUCCUAAAGAUGUGAUUCAAGCAGAACCAGGAGGACAAGAUGUAUUACUAAAUGCUGCAAUGUGUCAGUAUAAAACUUUAGGUGGUGUUACUCAAGCAGCAUCAGAAGAACUCUACAUUUCCAUUGUAGUUCAAUUGGAGGGUUAUGGCCAUGAAACUUUUACAGCAAAGGAUGAAGGAAACAAUGAAGUAAUAUUAGGUAUCUCAGUCAAUGGAAUCAUGAUUGGGUAUCCUACUACUCAAAUAACACAAUUUUACAGGUGGAAAGAUAUAAGUAACGUCAUUAAUCACAAAAAAACAUUUAGAAUAGAAUGUCAAUCAGAGGUCGAAGAUGCUAAGCAAUUUAUAUUUGGAGAUUCGCGUAGUGCAAAAUAUACAUGGCGUUUGUGUAUAGCACAACAUACAUUUUAUAUGCAACAUCAGGAAAGCCGACCGGCAGAUAGAUUAACCAAUGGCUAUUUCGAUAGCGAUACAAAUGACUCGAGUGAACAGGCGGCAUCUGUUAAUUUAGAAAAUCGGACGGCGGAAGAUCAAACUCGAUGGACAAGUUAUAAUGACCUUUCUGCUUCGCCAUAUCCAGUAGUUUCAGUUUCUUCGACAGAUAUUAACAAUUUACGAGCGCUGUUGCCAUCUUAUAGGCCAGCGCCAGAUUAUGAGACGGCCGUACAAAUGAAGUACAAUAAUGGUGGAAAUCCUCCACAGCCUUAUUAUGCGAAUCAAUCGACUAUUGUUGGACAGGAUUUAACGUGCCUUCUUGGUACCGCAGUUAAUCGAAGUAGAUAUUAACUUAUUUUUUAUUGGAGUUGUAAUUUGCAAAUACGCAAUAUGACAAUGCAAAGUUUUAUCCAAUUGUGCCUAACGUCAACUAAAAUGAGAUUUGAUUAAAACAGUUAAUGCGUUUUUCCUGUAAUUUCAAGACUGACACGCAUAUAUUUUUCAUAAAUCCUAUUUCUGGUUAUUGUGAAACUUUAAAUAUUGGAUUUCAUUGAACCUGUUAGGCUCAGUAGUAUAUUAUUGAUAAAUAUUGAAAAGGAAUGUUCAACUAUAUCGAAAAUGGUGCAAAAAUAUAUGAUAUUUAAACCUCUGCCGAGCGCCCCUCAAAAACUCUUUACGUCAGGCGGGCUGUGCCGAGAAGCUCAUUUCCGAAAAUCGUGUAUAAAAUCUAUAUGAAACUAUCUUAUACUAAAAAUGAAAAUUACUUACCUUCGUAGGGAUGUAUUCAAAAGAAAUAUCUAAAGAAUUACUAAAAAAGCAGUUAUUAUUUAUAACAAAGACAAAACCAAAAAAGACGAAGAAGAGGGGGGUAAACUGAAACGUAAUCGCUAUGCCUGACAGGCCAGCCGCGCCCGACGGAGGGUUAAUAAAAUAGUCCAUUUCAUGGUUUUAUUGUUUUUAUGUAACAAGCAGAAAACUAUGUAAUAAAUACUUGAGUGACUGAUUUUCA